UAAAAAUUAAAAAUAGUUUCUUCCCGUAAAAUAAGUGAGAAAAAAGAAAAAAGUGGAAAAAUGGAAAAUUUUCGGCUGCUAAAACAGUAUAUAGAGUGUAAAAUUUUUGUGUACCCUUAAAAAACCUUCUGUGCGCGCCGCCCUACGUCCUCUAGAAUAUGAAAUAAUUCGCUUAACAGCUAUAUAUUUAAUUUCUCACAAUGCGUGUUUUUUUUUGAAAAAUGAAAGUCAAUCAAAAGGAGUUCGUUUGUUCCUGGCCGUCAAUGUAAACAUGGAAUAAAAUUUUAUUAAAACUGAAGUGAAAAAUUGCUAAAAAGAAAAAUUGUUUUUUUUUUUUUUGGUCACAUUAGCAAAAAUUUCUAAAAAACAACAAACGAUGAAGUAGGAAGAAAAAAGUUCGAUAUCUUUGAAUUUUAUCUAAACCCAUUUUACUACUCAUACACACUGUUGAAAUAAUUCUCAUAGCAUGGUUUAAUUGGAUCGAAGUUGUGUGUGAAUGAGAACACAAAACUACUGAAUAUUUCUGUAUUCUCAGAAUUCGAAGGUGCAGGGAAUUACAGCGAAUUGAUUUCAAAGUCAGACUGUGGCAGAGAGAAAAGAAGAAAGAAAGAGAGAGAGAGGGAGAGAAUUUCUCCAUAAUAUCGACAAGCGGAGUACAAUUUCCAGUUGAAGAGAAGUUGAAUUUGCACAUCACGUCACAUCUUCAGCACCAGAGUACUCUAAACUCAUUCGCAACGUUAUUAUUGUGGCAACACCUCGUUCGCCUGUUUUUCCACUUUCUGAUUGUGCAUUUGAGAACGUUAACUCACCAGUCGCAAACUUGAUUUCCACAAACGGCGGCUAGUGUUCAUAUAGCUUUGCGUAAGAAUUUUCAAUUUUUCAUUCAACUGAAAAUUCUGGCUUUCCUUCCGCUAACGUCUAACACCUUUUGAAGGGAAGAAGCAAAAGAACAUCACAAUAGCAUCAUCAAGCCAGUUUUUUUCUUGUUUGUUUUCCUUUUACGAUUGUCCUCAGUUCUCGUCAUCGUCUUCAGCAUAAUACCGUCAGCUUUAGUUUUACAACAUUAACGCGUUUUUUUCCUGCCUGUAUUAAUUAUUCUUCUAUACAAUUCUCAAUCAAAAUUAUCGCGCCGUAUAUCACCCUUUCAAUUCAAUGGAGCACUACCCCAUUAAGUAUUCGGAGCACGCAGCCAGUAGAUCUACAGCUAUAACUACACAAAUGAGAGCAACAUUAAUAUAUUUAGCGCCUUUUUUGCAUCCGUGUAAGAACGUUGUUCCUGGCAUAGCACAAGUAAAUGAACAAACAGCACAUUCGCCGACACUGACAGCGAUACAGGCACGAACGUCUAUCGUAGUCAAGGCACAAGACGAAGGAACUGUAAAAAAUAUUCAAACACAUGUGACCCGCAAUAAUGUCAUAAAUGAUAACGGUGGCCGUAAUACCAGACGUUGCAGUAUGAGCGCCAGCAAUAGCAGCUGUUGUCAGAAUUUUUUCUAUAAGCAGCAUAACAGACAACAACAACAACAACAACAAGAACAACAGCAGCAGCAGUCGCAGCAAAAGCAAAAGCAACAGAAACAACAACUACAACUACAGUCGGUGAAGGAAGAGUUUUAUGAAAAUUAUGAAAUGCCUGCCUUAGAGACCACAACAACGUUAUUUUCUAAUGUAAUAAGAAAACAAAAACAAGAGCAAAAAGAAGUGCAGCAACAAACGACCCAAGCGGUAGUAGUAGUAAAAGCCGUAGAAAAUAUAGUAGAAAUACCAGAAGAUAAUUCAACAGCAUACUAUACGAACAGAAGUACAAAAAAUUUACGUGAACGUGGUCACAGGAUUAUUCAAACACAUACACAACUACAAAAACAAAUGCAAACACAUGGUCUCAAUGCCAGCAUUUUAAAACCAUUUGCACAACCGUCACUACAACUACAACGAAAAACACCGUGUGGUCGUUGUCUAGCUAUUGAUAACUGCAAUAACGGUAAUAUGCGAAUGGACACGACCGAAAGCAACAACAAUGACAUCUUUAAUGCCACGUCAUCAUUAUUAUUGUCAAGAUGUCAUUGUUUAAAUAAUACGUUUAGCAAUGCGGAGGAUCAACUGCAACAACUACAAUAUUUACAAAAACAACAUCCAAACAUCAAUUCAACGGCAAUAAUUGAUGAUGAGAACGCUGACGUUGAUGGUGUUACAUGUGGUUUAAUAUUAAAGAAUUCCAUUUAUAAUUCCCGCGACCAAAAUCAACAAAUGCCGUCACAUUCAGUGACGGUAGCGCAGCAAAAACAAAAGCGCCAAUGUAGCAACAGUAACAAUUGCAACAACAAUAAUAACAACAACAACAACAACAGUUCUCUGACAUCAACUAACUCGUACACAUCCUCCUCUUCGGUAUCAUCCAUUUCCAUAAUACCAUCAACUUCAUCAACAUUUUUUUUAUCAUCGCCAACACCAUCAUCAUUAUCACUAUCACCAUUAUCAUCAUCAUCAUUAUCAUCAUCAUCAUCAUCGCCAUCAUCCUCAUCCUCAUCAACACCAAUAACUUAUUCCACACACACAACCCUCUACAAUUCGCAUACAACGACAACGCUUGAAUGUACUCGUAGGUGCUUUAGGAAAAAUCGUGAUAUUAAUGGCAUCGAACUACAAAAUCCCAAUUUGGCGGUAGUAGCAGGUGUAAGCGAUUAUGUGAUCAAUGGUAUUAGGAAUGCUUUAGAACAAGAAAAAAGAAAUCUUCCUAGUUCAACUUUAUCCACAUCAACAUCAACAUCAACACCAACAUCAACGUCAUUCGUAUCCACAUUGCCAUCAUCGUCAUUAUCUGUUUCUUUAUUAUCGACAUUAUCAUUACUAGUAUUAGGAUCAUCAUCGGCUGUAAAAAGAGGGUUAAACGAUAGAAAACCGGCGGCGCAUUUAAACAUAUGGUUGCAAAGGAUGACAGUUGUACUUGGCUGUUUACACUUAAACAAAACGGUUUCGGUUUCAAAGUGGUUGUUAAUGUGGCUGUUAUUGACUAUGUUUUCUUCAACGGCCCACGGAUGGGUGGGACGUAAUGACGUGCCCACGAAUUGUACAUUUCCUGCGCGUUGGGAAGGCUCAUGGUUCCUAUCUGGCUAUCAGCAAUCCAUACACAUCAAAGGUUCACAAUUCAGUUAUCGCGGGAGAUGUGCCGCCUCGGAUGGUAACAAGUAUUUAAUCGUUGACGAGAAAGGAUGUCAUCGAUGCCUGGUUAUCUAUGAAAAGCAUAAAAAUGUACUGCAGUAUAAAGAAAGUGAGUGCGAAGGUGAUAGUAUGUAUAUGCAUCAAUCGAAUCCAUCCGCAAUGGCGAUGCGUAGCGUUUUAAAUCAAAAGAACAGUGAUCAUAGGGGGGGAGCUCAUCCCAAUUUGAACGGGCAUUCAAGAUUAUCCUCAUCGGAUCAAUACAUUAUGAGAUCCAAUGAUGAUAUGAAUGAUUAUUUUUGUAAGGGCCGUGAAACAUUACAGAAUCUCUGCGAUCAAAUACCAGGCGAUGCUUUAUUGUAUUCGCUGUUUAGGGAAAGUGCCGAACCUGUCAAAUGUCCCCUAAAAGGUCCCUUCAUUUUCACUUACAAUCGUGGGAAUGGUGAAUGCAAGAGCCCCGUUUCAAAUAUCGAAAGUUGCACAGAAGAUAGCCGAUUGCUGUUAAGUUUUCAAGCCUGUCCUGACGUAGUGGGGACAGAAAGCACUGUUGAGGAGUUGACAUGUCUGGCAACAUGGAAAGAUGGUAAUUCACGUUAUCUUGUUGGCUUGGUAUCACAUCAUCAUGCUAUAUCGAAUGAGGAGCGCUAUCGUUGUUUUGUUUAUGAAAAAAUUUCCUCAUUAAUGGAUUUAGGACAUUUCACUGGAGGUCCUAGCAUGUUGAGUUCCAAGGAUGCCGAAUACAAAUUGGCACAAUCGGGGGACGCUACCUGCAAUGGCUUAGAUAGCGCAGAGGUGGGUUCUCGCAUUAUGUCGUUACGAAAGCCUCCAGUGACAGAAAGAUGCGAUUUUCCGAUGUGGUUUAAAGGCCCCCGCCAUUGGCACGUACUAAUGGGAAAUGCUGUUUACAAUUAUCAUAGCAAUGACGGUUCUAUUCAUAUCAUUAAACCUAAUGGCUAUAUGGAAACGCGUGCGCUGUGUGAACAAAUUAAUAAACAAACUUCCACCGAAAUGAUGUCCGUAGUGCACUACACUACCGGAUGUCAGUCGGGUUUCAUGUGUAUGAUGUUUUAUCGCCGUGAUAUCCAUGUUAUCGAGAUACAAACUGGCAAGCCGGCCGUUCGUUUAGAAGAUGCCUGUGCCCCUGAUCAUUUUGAUAUUUCCAAGACACCUUACACCACCCUACUCGCCAGUAAUCCGGAUCCGCAAAUUUGCCCCAUGGAAGGCUUGUAUAAUCUACGUGGAGCUAUCGGUCCGCCGUAUUUAACCACGCGUCACAAACGUAAUCACAAUAACAAAAUUCACGGUACGCGUACGCAUCAUCACCAAUUAGAUAGCAUUGAGAGCAGCGGUCGAACCUAUUUACAUAAAAGGCAUAGCACUCUGAGUUUUCGGAAUACAAAUUCCAACGAUAAAAGUACAUGGCACUCAAAUACACGUGGUCUACCUAUACGUUCUAGACGUGAUGCUUUCACUACCACGAAGCCCUUCAAUAAUCAAACACGCGAAUUCGACCCAAAUGAUGGAAAACAAAAAAUAUUAGUUGUAGAUACAAACCGAUCUGCUGGCAGGUUAGAUGUUUUCCAAAAAAAUGAUGAAGAAAAUGAGUUACGCAUGCGCAGCAGACGCGAUGUACCGGAAUGUAUAACAAAUUAUAAAGCCCAACGCCAAUUCUGGUUGGGCUGCACCGAACCAAAUGUGAUUGACGUGCGCCCCAAGUGCAAUGACGAGGGAGACGAAGAAUAUUCAUGCCAUGGAUCUUGGGUGGAAAAUGCGACGGUCUUCAUAAUAGCGAGACACAAAGGCACGAAACAUGGUGUCUGCAUUAGCUAUCGUCCUACAGAAGGCACAGCGGCCAUAUUAGUAAUAGGCGAUGCAUGUUACAGAGGUACACAAAAACCUCCUGAACAUCAUUUAAUGGCUAAUCUAUCAAUAUAUGGCAAAUGCGGUGAAACUAGGUCAGCCUCGUCUGGCAUAACGAUUAUUAGUUGGUUGCAUUUAUUGAGCAUUAGUGUUCUAUUAACAUUUUCGAGUCAAUUGUCCGCACGGUGCAGAUGAUUGGAAAAACUUGCUAAAUUACUUCAAUUAGAGUAUAAUCGCGAUCGCAACUCGUUCACCUUUAACGAACACGUAAAAGAAAAAAAAGGAAAAACUUACAUACAGUUCAUGAAAAGUCUUAGUUCUAAGAACCUAGCAAAGAGAGAGGACACGAUAAUUGCGAAAAAAUUGGAACAAAUGCUAGAAACACAAAUUGAAAGAGAAUUCUCGCAAAAAUAUUUUCAUUGGCAAUUUUGCUUUAAUUUCAAAGCGCACCUCGAUAUAAACAAAGAGAAAAAAGAAAACAAAGCAAAGUGUUUUUCGAAGAUCUAAUAUAAAUAAGCGAAUGACUAAAUUAAAAAUUAAAUUAAAGAAAAAAAAAUUGGAUAAAGAAUAUGAAACAAAGCAAAUGUAAAUAAAUGUUUAGAGUCGCAUUACGAAGUGAACGUGAACGCUUAACGUUUAAAGAAAAUUAUUUUAAAUAUAUUUUAAAAAAAAGCUUGAUUUUUAAGGUUUGUUAAAACAUUUUCAUUUUUUGUAAUGAAGCUUUUUAUAUAUACAUAUAUUUUUUUUAACUAUUAAAUAAACCUUAAAUAUGGACGGAUAACGCAACAACCGCAUAAGUAAAAAAGUAAAGUAACUAUUGUACAUAAGAAUAGUUUGAUGUAAAUAGAAGCAAUUUCAAUUUUGUGAAUUAUUAUUGUCUUGCAAAAUGGCGGUUUUUAUUUUUUUUUUUACGCAUAUUUAAUUGGGUGUGCUUCUUGUAAUAUACUAAUCAUUUUUAGUGCUUGAUAGUUUUCUAAUAUAAAUUAGUUAGAAAACUACACUUAAACAUUAAAUACACCGUAAGCUUUUAACUUUUAACUCAUGUUAGUAGUAAUAAGUUCGUUUUAUGUUGUUAAAAAAGAAUUCUGUCGAUAGCUUAAAGCUAAGUAUAGAAAAAACAAAAUCCAUCAAGCGACGCUGCAAAGAUCUA